AUGGACGAGCCCUUGGUCUCCGGCGGCAUCAUGCUGCUCAUCUGCGUGGGCGUGACGGUCCUGAUGCAGUGCAGCUUCUUCGCUGUGGCCUACACGUGCCAGUUCGACAAGGUGACGGACCUGGCCGGCGCGCUCAACUUCAUCGUGCUGGCGGUGCUGUCGCUCGUACUUCAAGACGUGUACGACACGCGCGCCAUUGUGGCCACGUGCAUGCAGGUGGCGUGGGCGCUGCGGCUCGGCUCGUUCCUGCUACUGCGCGUGCUCAAGCGCGGCAAGGACGAGCGCUUCGACGAGAUGCGCGCCAACUGCCUCGCUUUCCUCGGCUUCUGGGUGUUCCAGAUCCUCUGGGUCUUCCUGGUCUCCCUCCCGGUGGUGCUGGCCAACUCGAGCGGCGAGCAGGUGGACGGCAGCUUCGGCGAGGCGAGAGACGUCGUGGGGAUCGUCGUGUGGGCCGUCGGCAUGGCGGUGGAGUACGCCGCCGACGCCUCCAAGUCGGCCUUCAACGAGGACCCCAAGAACAAGGGCAAGCUGCUGCGCUCGGGCGUGUGGAAGUACUCGCGCCACCCCAACUACUUCGGCGAAAUCCUGUGCUGGGUGGGGGUGACGGUGCUGGCCAGCGCCAACUUCGGCGGCGACGGCGGCGAGACGUGGUUCUACUACGUGAGCUGCCUUAGCCCCGUCUUCACCUUCCUCGUGCUCAUGUUCCUCUCGGGCGUGCCGCUGGCGGAGGAGCGCUACGACGAGCGCUUCGGGCUGGACCCGGACUACCUCGAGUACAAGCGCUCGACGAGUCCGCUGGUGCCGCUGCCGCCGGUGCUUUACCGCGCCCUGCCUGAGCCCGUCAAGCGCUGGUGCUUCCUCGAGCUCAAGCUGUACUCGCGCAAGCUGCGCGAGCUCCAAGACGCGGACAAGGUGCCAGCUCCCAACUAUCAGGCCAUUCCGUAG